AUGUCGUAUCUGGAUGGAAAAGAUGUCAAACCACAGGCGGCUCAACCUUUGAUAUUAAAGGAGGAUGACAAGAUUCCUCUUUUUUUGGUCAAGUUAUGGAACAUAGUGGAAGAUCCCUCUUAUUACGAAGUUAUUCGGUGGGACGAGGUAAGAAUUCCUGUGUCCAAUAAGUUUUUACGUAAUUCGGUUUUUGGUUUACCUAGGAACUUUUUGUACAUUUUUUUUACGUCAUUACUUUAUUACAAUCGUAAAUGUUUCAGAGUGGUUAUAGUUUCCAUAUACUGGACCCGUACUCAUUUUGCAGGAACGUUCUGCCGCAAUACUUCAAGCAUAAUAACUUGAACAGUUUGAUACGACAAUUAAACAUGUGUAAGUUCUUCAGAAUUUGUGUACAUCUUCUUUUAGACGGCUUCCGAAAGAUGACCCCGAUCGAAAGGACCAGCCUUGCUCGAGCAGAAUCUGAUCAGGAUCAUCUGGAGUUUUCUCAUCCUUGUUUUGUUCGAGAUCAUCCAGAAUUAUUAGUUAAUAUCAAAAGGAAAGCACCAACAGCGAAGCAAAGCACAAACGAUGGAACUGUCAGCGUUCCUGCUAAGGAUUUGACUGCCGUCUUCGAAGAAUUGAGAUCCCUUAGAGAAAGACAGAAACAGAUGGAAUCGAGAAUGGGGGAUCUUACUAAGUAUGCGACUCCUGUAAUUAUAUAAGAGAGGUUCCUCUAUAUUUUUCUGCCGUGAGGCUCAGCGACGAUUUUCGCCCAUUUCAACUUUUUUGUUCCGCACUGUGCAGGGCCCACAAUAGGCAAAAAGGUGGUGUAAACGUUACAGCGCCGAGGAUUUUUUGAAACGUGCAAAAUUUUUGCUGAUUGUUGACAUUGGACAGUGCAGGAAAAAUUGAAAUUCAUGGCUGAGCGGCAUGGCCGAAAAAAUUUAGCGGGGAUUUCUCUUAUGUGUGUUGUUUAGGGAAAAUGAAUUAAUUUGGCAGGAGAUGAGCAACAUGCGAGGAGCACAUGUUAAACAACAACAAAUUGUGACCAAACUGGUGCAGUUUAUGGUUACUAUGCUUCAGCCGUCCAAAAGAUUGGGGAAACGGCCGGUUUUAGCCAUUGAUGACGAAACGGCGGCCAAGCGUAUGCGAAUGGUGUCCGACAUUUCACUUCAAGCCAUUCAACAAAACAAUGUUUCUGACGUUUUAGAUCGUUUAAUGAGAGAUUUCGCUUCUAACUCCGCUCAAAACAAUUAUCGUCAGAUGCCCGUGGAAGUAAACCGCCCAAAUACUUGCAUAAACCAAUCAAAUGGUCCUAUAAUUUCUGAUGUGACUGAAGAGAUGGACCAUCUGGGUCCGCCAUCCACAGGAAAGAUGAAGGGAACUACUCCUUCGUCCUCCUUUAUGAAUCAAUAUCAAUCUCCGCAGAAUAUGUAUUACCCUUCAACGGUGGGUUCCGUAAAGCAGUAAUUCAUUUUUUAAGAGUGGGGUACGGAAUAAUAUGAAUUGUCUCCCCAAUCAAAGACUAAUGGAAAAUAUUCCAUCGAAUGCUCAGGGACAACCCCCGUUGGGGCUUCAAGGACAGAGGUACGUUGAGGCUAGUUAUUUAUUUGUUUUAGCGCCGUUCCACCAACUUCUCAAGUUGUGUAUCAGGCACCUGAAGUCCGGCUUGAUCCUCAGAAUUGUGUUCGUCCUUCGAAUGCGACGGUGAUCUCCCAGCCGUCCCCGGAUCCGUUGAUUACUUCCCCGUCUUCUGCUCCCAAUCUAAAUAUCUCUCCAUCCGAGUUUGCGGAGUAUCUGAACAGUGUUGAUGAUUCGAUCGAGAAUUGCCGCGGAUUAAUAGGAGGACAUUGGGACGACCUCGACCUCGACGGGCUCUUAGAUUUCAACCCAAAAUCAGCGGAGGGACAAUCCAAGCCUUCCCCCAGCCAGAGUCCGUCUGCCCCUCCCAAUCGUCAUCCCACAUAUGAAACUCAACCUUACUAG